AUGGUCAAGAAGAGCAAUAAGAAAACACCAAAGAAGAAGAAUAUAAAGAGCAGCAAUGAUGAUAAGAUUAAGAAGUUAGAAGAUGUGAGAAGGAUAGCUGCUGUUAAUGCCAAGUUAUGGGAGAUUAGAGUGGAAAUUGCGGAAAAAGUCAAAGACAAGAUCCAGGAACGUGCAAAACAGUUAGCGGAUGAUAAUGCCAGACUUAAUGAUGCUCUACGUCAAUCAGAAAAGGAAUCAAUGGAUGUGUUUUCUUACUUAAAAAAGCAAAAUGAAGAUAAAGACAAUGAGCUAAAAGAACUUAAAAGCAAAAUCGAAUCCAUGUCCAUUUCUCACGAAAGAGAUAAAGAGUUAAUUAUCAGGGAUGCAAAACAACAGAUUUUGUGCAUAAAUAGUGAAAAGGAAAAAAAGUGCGAUAAAGUUAAGGAACUCGAACAGGAAAUAAUGCAGUUGGAUGAAUAUAAAAGUGAGAAAACACGAACUGAAAACGAAAUAAAACAGUUGCGCGAUGAAGUUCAAAAUCAAAAGCGUCUCAUUGAGAAUAUGGAGACAAAGUUCUUCGAAGAGAAGCUGGUGUCAGCUGAGGACUUAUCAAAAUCUUUGAAUGAAGAAAACAAAAAGCUUACUAUAGAGAAGGAAACCUUGGAAGGCAUUUUGUUGUCAAAGUCCUUGGAGUGCAAAAACUUGAAGGAACUUAUUCAAGAGAAAGAUGAAAAAAUUGAACUUUAUCAAUAUGAAAUUAAACAGUUAACUGAAGAUUUAAAUAAACAAAAAACUAUAUUCAGUGAACAAGUGACACUUCAAACAUUUGAAGCAUCUAAAUCAAUAGAGAAAUUAACUAAAACAUUAGAAUUAGAACGUAAACGAAUGAUACGUAUAUCUAGUUUAGCAAAUAGAAUUUUACAACAAAGAAAUGAAAUUGAAGAAUUCUUUAUUACAUCAUUAAAUUAUGUUCGUGAUGAGAUCAAAGUGAAUCAAAAUAAUUAUAUUCAUGAUGCCAAAUCUGCAUAUGAAGCCAGUAUACGAUUAGCACAUUUAGGUAAAUCAAAUUAUCCACCUAUCAGAACAUUUCAAAAUAAGAUAACUAGCACAAAUAAUGUAUAUGAUGAUUUUAAAAUUGCUCAAAAAAUUCCGAAAUCAACACAUUUAACAAUUCGUGAUUUAACAUGGGAACAAAAAGAACGUGUCCUUUCUAUUUUAUUUGAAAAAAUGAAUCAUUCCAAAAUGAAAUUUAAUCAUAAAACUAAUCAUAAUAAAUCACCAAUGAAUCAUUUAAAUAAUCAAUUUAAUAAAGAAUUAAUCAUACAAAUGAAUAAUUGUAACAAUGGAACUAAUCAACAGCUUGCAGUGAAUGAAAUUGAUUCCAAGUCAAUUCUAUUGACAAUCGAUAAUGAUGACGAUGAUGAUGCUGAUGCUGAUGCUGCUGAUGAUGAACAUGAUCGAGGUAAAAUAAAAGAUCAAGUUAAUGAUAAUGAUAAAGUAAAAGAGAAUCAUCAAAAUCAAUCUAAAGAAUUAACAAAGAAACUUUAUGAAAAAGUAAUUCAAUACAAAGAUCAUGUAAUCGAUGAAACGAAUUCAAUUAAUCAAUCGGAUGUCCAAUGUACAUUAGGCAAUGAUUAUGAAACUAUUCAUCAAAGAAAUAUUGAUUCUACAAUGAAUUGUCAAAUAAAUCAAACUAAAGUACCAUAUCCAUCACCUCAAUAG